UGUUGAAAAUAAUUUUGAUGGGGUUGCCAUUUUCACCCUACAUAAAACCCCAGUCAUUAGGAAAGGAAUAACUCACGAAGAGUGUAUGUGUGAGUGCUAAACACAAGAGGAAAAAUUACUAGAGUAAAAUGGCAGAUCCAGCAGUGAUAGGCAGCGGAUCUUUAAACUCCGGAAACCGCUCGGGGGGCAGUAAGGCGAGCACGAGUCCUUUGGAGAACUAUCAGCUGGCUCGGCGGCGCACGCUGCAGGUGGUGGUCAGCUCGCUGCUGACAGAGUGCGGCUUUGAGAGCGCUGAGAAAGCCGCGGUGGAGACGCUCACUGAGAUGAUGCAGAGCUAUAUAACUGAGGUCGGACGUUGUGCGAAAGCAAACUGUGAGCACACAGCAAGAAGCACCCCUACCCUCUCUGACGUUGUAAUCACACUUGUUGAAAUGGGUUUUAAUGUGGAUACUCUUCCGGUGUAUGCCAAAAGAUCACAGAGGAUGGUCAUAACUGCACCUCCAGUAACAAAUGUUCCUGUUGUCCCAAAAUCCCUCACGGCCGGACAGAAGCGUAUUCAUCCACCACACAUUCCCAGCCACUUCCCUGAGUUCCCAGAUCCUCACACUUACAUCAAAACACCAACCUUUCGGGAGCCAGUGUCAGAUUACCAGGUAGUGAGAGAGAAGGCAGCCUCACAGAGGAGAGAUGUGGAACGUGCUCUCACACGCUUUAUGGCCAAGACUGGAGAGACGCAGAGCCUUUUUAAGGACGACAUCACUGCGUUCCCUUUGAUCGCUGCACAGCCAAGCUCUAUCCCUUAUCUGAGUGCCCUGCUGCCCUCUGAACUAGAGCUACAGUCACUAGAGGAGACUGAUUCAUCUGAGCAAGAUGACCAGACCGACACUGAGAACAACGGCAGCAACAUGAUUCAGGAAGACUCGGGGGCAGAUAAGGAGAAUGCAGUGCUGCCACCUGGUGGAAUUGUGGCUUCAGGGAAGGCCAACGAGGAAAAUAUGAUUGACAAUCCAUAUCUACGGCCAGUCAAAAAGCCCAAAGUGAGAAGGAAAAAAUGAGAAUAAAUCUGUUGAAUCAUCUGCUUGUAAAUCUGCCAGUUAUGAUGAAUAAGGACUUAUUAGCACUUGCUAAUCACAUUGUGCCAUUGGAAGUUUUGAGGAACAUCUGAGGAUCCAGAAACAACUGCAGUAUGGAAAGUGUCUCCAAAGAGUGAUCCAGCUUUUGGUCCACAAGUUACUGGUAUUUGAUUCUUAUGGGAAGACAGAACUGUUCUAUGAAUGUCAAACAUAUUAGAAGAAAUGUACUUGGGCAUGUUUCAUAAAUAGUAACACAUUUCAAUCUUGAAAAUGAUUGUAGUUUUUUUUUCUUUUUCUUUUUUUUUUUUCAGUUUCCAAAACAUCAGGCAUGUGACAUUCUCUUCUGUUUUGGUUUCGAUGUGUAUGUGUUGCUCAUUUAUGAAUGAUGGUAAUAAAUGUAUUUUUUAUUGCUUGGUUUUAAGGCAUUGUUACAAAAGGACAAAUUAAUCCAGCACAUGGGGAUAAUGUGAACAUAUUUCCAUAAGUAAUGUGUGCCAAGAACUCCUGUUACUGGACUAAUAUUUUAUAUUACUCAUGAAAUCAAUGUAACUUAACCUCAAAAAUAUGGUUUUAAAUUGGUUAUACUUUACAUUAUGAAAUGAAACCAGGAAACAAGUGUGUAAAAUUGCUGUUUAAAGCCACAUAUUGUUUAUCUUGACAUCCUUAUAUGGUUUUAUAGCAAUGCACAGCACAUGUAUGCAGGGUUGGGAGGGUUACUUUUGAAAUGUAUUCCAUUACAGAAUACAUGCUGUAAAAUGUAAUUUGUAACGUAUUCCGUUAGAUUACUCAAGGUCAGUAAUGUAUUCUAAAUACUUUGGAUUACUUCUUCAGCACUGGUAGAUUUUUUCAGUUGUUUUGAAUAUAAAAACUCUGCCAGUACAGUAAGACAAAAUACACAUGUUAAAAAUACAUUCUCUGAAAAACCAAAAUAUCUUAUGCAGUGUUGUUUCUCAAACAAGAUAAAGCGAACUGAUCUUGUUUUAAGGAUUUUUGAUAUUUUUACAGGAAAACAAUAAAAAAAUUAUCAAGAAUAUGAUUUUUGCCCUAAUAUCAAAGGUCUUACUAGAAAAAAAUACAUUAUGAUCUAGCGUGAAUUUCUUGAUAAAAAAAUAUGAUCGUGCCUGGUAACAUGCAUGUAAAAUGGCUAGAAAUAGCAUUUUAGCUUAGCGUAAAGCUGACAAUUUACACAAGGUUUAUUUCUAUUUCUUCUGCUCCAAACUUACUUCAAACUUACUUCUCUGUCUGCUCGUAUGAAUGUAACACAUCAUAAGAAAGUGUUUCACCGCUGUUCAAAUGCACUUUGGAUCGCAUCAUUUAUAUGUAUAAAUGUUUUUCAUCUGAAAGGACUAAAUAUUAAAUGAAACAAAUGACAAAUGUAAUAAAAAUAAUUUUUUUAUGUAA